UUCUGCAAUUGACAUUAGCGAACCUUUCAUUGCAAACAGCGUUUUCAUAGAAAUGAAAAUCAAUUUGUCACUUUCUUUGAUUUGUUGCGUGUUAUCCUUGCGGUGUAGGGAAAUUCAGGGAUUUCUGGGCCGUGAGUAAGGUGUCCGUGGAGCGCUGAAGCUAUAGACAAAGAGUAAGCAAAGAGUAAGUAUAAUAAGAGGCGACACUCUGAGAGAGAAACUACUUGUAGAGUGAGACAAAGUGAUCCUACCCAUUUAAAGAGCCAUUCGGCAAUCUUCGGUUUUGACCGUGAACAGUCGUGAGCGCGCGACAAGUUUGUACUGUGGAUUCGCGUACAUAACCUAUAUUGUGGAAACUUCUUUGUCAGAAUGCUCCAAAAAGCAAGAGUUUAUGGCAUUUCAGACCGUUAUGAACCGGGAAUUUCCGUACUUACCUGGCAGGUACCAGGUAGAUACGAAGGCUUGGUCAUUUCUGUUGGAAACGUACAACCGUGAGGUUUGUAUAUUUAUCAGAUAUCGUUUCUUGUUCUACGAUUUUGUUCCGUUUUCUACUUUCUGCUGUGUGUUUUCUGCUUUGUGCUUUCUAUUUUCUAUUUUCUGGUUUCUGUUUUUUGUUUUUUGUUUGCAGCAUUUUUUAAAUAUCAACAUGAGUGCUCCAAAACGAAGUGGAGUUUCAUGCUCUUACAAAAAUUGUACAGCAAGAUUCAAUCGAGGAGGGGAAGGAGUACAUUUUUUUAGAUUUCUUAAGAAUGGAGACUUAUGCAAGCUCUGGCUUCAGGCAUGUGGUAGAGAAGAUCUUCCGUCUUUGGAAUAUCAACACUACCACAAGACCCGCAGAGUAUGUAGUAACCAUUUCGAAAAUAGAAUGUACAUGGGUCCUUCCAAGUCCAGGUUAUUACCAACAGCAGUUCCAAAGCAGAUUGAGUCUGAUACAAAUAUUCAAGAAGAGAGCGGUAAUAAUCCUGAGUUUCAGCCUCCAGCAAAAAUUCGUGUCGUAGACAUAGCAGCAAUUUCAGGUCCAUCUCAUCAGGGAAACAUUACAUCAAUCGGCUUUGAUGCGUGUUCAGACGCCAGUCCUAUUUUUAAAAACAGAGUCCUGUGCUCGGAAUUAAUACAGAAUAUAGUCCUCAAAAAAUGAACUCCUCUACUAAUA